AUGGGAAGCAGCGCCUCUACCCAACACCAUUUUGCUUUUCAGAAUGCAGAGAAAGCUUUCAAGGCGGCGGCCCUGAUCCAGAGAUGGUACCGGCGCUAUGUGGCCCGCCUGGAGAUGAGGCGACGAUGUACCUGGAGCAUCUUCCAGUCAAUCGAGUAUGCCGGCCAGCAGGACCAGGUCAAGCUCCAUGAUUUCUUCAGCUAUCUCAUAGAUCACUUCACUCCAAGCAGCCACAACGAGAGGGACUUGCUGAACCGCAUGUUCACGGAGGAGAGAGUCCUCCAGGACUCAGAGAUGGACAAAUGCAGUGACUACAAGGCCAUAGAAGUGCCAGACAGUUACGCAGGUCCGCACCUCUCCUUCCCACUCCUUCCGGACCAUGCAACUGCACUGGUGGAAGCGUUCAGGCUGAAGCGACAGCUCCACGCUCGCUAUGUGUUGAAUCUUUUGUAUGAGGCCAGGAAACACCUGGCACAGCUGCCUAAUAUCAACCGGGUCUCCACCUGCUUCAGUGAAGAGAUCACAGUGUGUGGAGAUUUACAUGGCCAGUUGGAUGACUUAAUAUUUAUAUUUCAUAAGAAUGGCCUCCCAUCACCAGAGCGGGCUUAUGUGUUCAACGGUGACUUCGUGGAUCGAGGCAAGGACUCAGUAGAGAUCCUGAUGGUUCUUUUUGCCUUCAUGUUGAUUUACCCAAAAGCAUUCCAUCUUAACAGAGGAAACCAUGAGGACCAUAUGGUGAACUUACGAUAUGGCUUCACCAAGGAAGUAAUGCAGAAAUACAAGACACAUGGAAAGAAAAUAUUAAGAAUUCUUCAAGAUGUUUUCUGUUGGCUUCCACUUGCCACAAUAGUUGAUGAGAAAGUUCUGAUUCUUCAUGGUGGGGUAUCACGCCGGACUGACCUGGAGCUUUUGGCCAAGCUAGACAGACACAAGAUUGUUUCUACCAUGAGAUACAAAAUGAGAAAGGAAAAUGAGAAAAAGGCAGAGAAGAGAAAAAGCAACCCGUCAAGCUAUGCACAGAAACCCACCCCGUGGUUUCUUCCACAAAGCCGUUCGCUCCCCUCCUCUCCCUUUCACCUUGGCUCCAACAAGACCCACAAGGCCAGCCGGUCCUGCAGCGUCCCCUGCACCGCUCCCCUUGACUGCAAGGAGCUGUCCCAGCAGGUGCAGGUGCGGCCCUCUGUGGACCUGGAGCUGGAGCACUGUCACCAGCGAGCUGGCUUCCCAGGCAUCAGAGAGAAGGAGGAGUCUUUGCCCUUGGCCCCAGAAGUGGACAGACAUGCUGGAGAGCAUCCAGAGCCCACAUAUGAAGAGUGGAGACAGGUGGUGGACAUUCUAUGGAGUGACCCCAUGGCUCAGGAGGGCUGCAAGGCCAACACUAUUCGAGGAGGAGGCUGUUACUUUGGGCCGGAUGUGACAGAAAAGUUGCUGCAGAAAUACAAGCUGCGAUUCUUGAUCCGUUCACAUGAAUGCAAGCCUGAAGGUUAUGAAUUCUGCCACAACCGCAAGGUACUAACCAUCUUUUCUGCCUCCAACUACUAUGAAGUUGGCAGUAACAGAGGGGCCUACGUGAAACUGGGGACAUCCCUGACGCCGCAUAUUGUGCAGUAUCAAGCGAACAAGGCAACCCACAAGUUAACCAUGCGGCAAAGGAUUAGCAGGGUGGAGGUGUCAGCUCUCCGAGCUCUGCGGGAAAAGCUAUUUGCUCACUCCUCAGACCUCCUUGGUGAAUUCAAGAAGCAUGAUGCAGAAGAAACUGGCUUCAUCACCCUGAGUGACUGGGCAGCAGCGGUGGAGUCGGUGCUGCACCUGGGCCUGCCCUGGAGGGUGUUGAGGCCACAACUGGUGAGCAGCUCAACAGAUAACGCACUGGAGUACAAGACCUGGCUGGAGGACUUGGCCAAAGAGCAACUGAGCCGAGAGAACAUACAGUCCAGUUUGCUGGAAAUACUAUAUCGAAACCGAUCAAAUCUGGAGACGAUUUUUAGGAUAAUAGACAGCGAUCAUUCAGGAUUCAUCUCCCUAGAUGAGUUCAGACAGACGUGGAAGCUGUUCAGCUCCCACAUGAACGUCGACAUCCCAGAUGACUGCAUCUGCGACCUUGCCCGGAGCAUCGAUUUCAACAAGGACGGCCACAUCGACAUUAAUGAGUUCCUGGAAGCUUUCCGCCUUGUGGAGCAAUCCCGCUCUGAGGGCAGCGCCUCAGACUGCCCACUGUCCUCAGACAGGGAUGACAGUGACCGCAGCUGUCCAAAUGCAUGCUGA